UCACAAUAUCUAUUCAGAAGAACAAAUUCGCGAUAAAGAAAAGUUCUUUGUUUGAUCAGAAUAUCUAUUCAGCUUCAUCAAUCCUUGCAGCCUUUUGAUUUGAAGGGGUUUUCACAAAAGAAAAAAAUGGAGAAAGUAAUGAAUAUAUUGAAGCCAAAACCGAACCCUCAACAGCUUUUAAGGGAUUGGCAACGUAGGCUCCGACAAGAAUGCCGGAAUAUUGAACGUCAAAUCCGAGAUAUACAAAGAGAGGAGAAGAAUGUGCAGAAAGCAAUUAAAGAAGCUGCAAAGAGAAAUGAUAUGGGUUCUGCCAAGUCACUUGCGAAAGAAAUUGUGAGAUCUAAAAGAACUGUGAACCGAUUGUACGAGAAUAAGGCGCAGUUGAAUUCAAUAUCAAUGCACCUUGGAGAAAGUGUCGGUAUGAUUUANACAGUGGGACAUUUGUCUAAGAGUGCUGAAGUCAUGAAGCUCGUCAAUAAUCUUAUGAAGGCUCCAGAAGUGGCUAUGACAAUGCAGGAAUUUAGUAAAGAAAUGACCAAGGCUGGUGUGAUGGAGGAAAUGGUAAAUGAUGCAGUGGACAGCGCCCUGGAUUCAGAAGACAUAGAAGACGAGAUUGAAGAAGAAGUUGACAAGGUUUUGACUGCAAUUGCUGGUGAGACUACUGCACAACUUCCUGAAGCAGUCCGAAAGCAAAAGUUAAAGCAACCCGCGCAGGCAGUGGAGGAGGCAGAGGGUGCUGAUGACGAGGAAGACUUAGAAGAACUAAGGGCGCGUCUUGCUAAAGUUAGAUCCUAAGUGAUUUUUAAACUGACUUCCACUGCUUAAGGCGUCGAUGUAUAGUAAGUUUGUAUGGGAAGCACAGACCUCUUCUAUAGCGCGCUGCAUUUUCCAUCUGGAAGAGAGAAUAGUAGAGUACCUUCUGUAUCUUAGAAUCAGUUAACUCAUGAUUUCUUGUAUUAAUUAUCCGAUGUGAGUUAUUAUCUUCUUACUGUUAUUUCUUGCCGUUUUUCUUUUCAUUAGUGUUGUGCUUAGGCUUUCCUCAGCCGAGAGUCUAUUGCAAACAACCUCUCUAUCUCCACAAGGUAGGGAUAAGGUCUGUGUACACACUAUCCUCCGCAGACCCCACUAUGUGGGAUUAUACCGAGUAUGUUGUUGUUGAGUUCUUAUCUUUUUCUCUUGUAUGGAAAAUGAAAUACUAUGUUAACAACAUUUCCUGCUAUUUAGUUGAAUUGGUUGACCAA